AGCCGGGGGUACAGAAAGUGAUUCCUUUUGGGUCUCCAGUAGGCUGCAGUGGCCCUGCGUUAACGCUCCCUUGUGCUGCAGCUACUAAAGCCAAGAUUACUGCAGCGCCUAGGUGCGGACGGAGGAGCCGCCGCUCUCUGCGGACCUGGCUGGAGGGAGCGUGCAGACUCUCCAGGCCGCGACUCGGCGCGUCCUUCCUCCUGAGUUCUUCCCAUUCCCCCGCCCAAACCCACAACUCCCGGAUCCCCCGCCCUCUCCUCGCUCUGCCCCUCCUCCCUAGCUGCGGGCUGACCGCUCCACACCGCAGCAGCGCCUCGCGUCUGGACGCUUGCGGAGGCACACACGCCUACGCUCACUCCGCCAGACCGCACCCCUGCCCAGCAUGUCCGCGCUCGAGUGGUACGCCCACAAGUCCCUGGGCGACGGCAUCUUUUGGAUUCAGGAACGCUUCUAUGAGUCGGGCAACCGCGCCAAUAUCUGGCUGGUGCGUGGCUCCGAGCAGGAUGUGGUGAUCGAUACGGGCCUGGGGCUGCGCAGCCUCCCGGAGUACCUGUACUCCUCCGGCCUCUUGCAGGAUCACGGGGCCAAAGAGAACGCGGCGUGCCGGCCACUGCUGGCCGUGGCCACACACGUGCACUUCGACCACUCCGGCGGCCUCUACCAGUUCGACCGGGUGGCCGUACAUCACGCCGAGGCCGAGGCUCUGGCUCGCGGGGACAACUUUGAGACUGUGACCUGGCUGUCCGACAGUGAGGUGGUGCGGGCGCCCAGCCCGGGCUGGAGAGCCAGGCAGUUCCGAGUGCAGGCGGUGCAGCCCAGCCUCAUCCUGCAGGAUGGGGAUGUGAUCAACCUUGGUGACAGACAGCUCACUGUUAUGCACAUGCCUGGUCACUCCAGGGGCAGUAUUUGCUUACAUGACAAAGACCGAAAGAUUCUCUUCAGUGGAGACGUGGUGUAUGAUGGAUCACUGAUUGACUGGCUCCCGUACAGCAGGAUAAGUGACUAUGUUGGAACCUGUGAACGUCUGAUAGAAUUAGUGGACAGAGGUCUGGUAGAGAAGGUGCUUCCUGGGCACUUCAAUACCUUUGGUGCUGAAAGGCUUUUUCGAUUGGCUUCUAACUAUAUUUCAAAAGCUGGGAUAUGUCACAAAGUUUCUACUUUUGCCAUGCGAUCUCUUGCAAGUUUAGCCUUACGUGUUACAAAUUCUAGGACCUCACCCUAGUAUCUAUACUGAUAACCUAUUUUGAUUAAUUAAGUAAAUUAACCCAAUUCAUUUUGUGUUGUUUAAAUGAGUAAUAGUGAGCAUCUCAAAAAGUGCUUUAUUAGAGAAAAAAAAAAGGUUGAGAAUGAGUAAGCCAAAAAGGAAGCUCUUCAUUAGAAUUGUUUCUUUCUUCCAAAUAAGAAAUCAUUUAAAUAAGCUUAUAAUUUGCUAAGCUGUCAUCUUGUAAUAUUUGUCAUCUUGUAAUAUCCAGAAACAACAUAAAAUAUAUGGGGAAGCAAGGAGGCAUUUCACAGUAACAGAAAGAACUGUCCUUACCUCCCAUUUGUCUAUUUUAUUUCCUAGGUGACCUGGAAAAAGAGGCAUAAAGUUUUACGUUUAUCUUCCGAACUUGAUAUCUUAGUAUAUUAUUUAAAAAUAAAGGUUCUUGAGUUUAAAAUACAUUAGAACUCAAUACAAAUAUAUAAAUUAAUAUUUAGAAUGUCAGCUAAAACAAUCCAUUAUUAUAGCACAGAGUUUGAUGCUUCAUUUAUUUAUUCUUAAUGUAAUUAUAGAGUACAUUAGAUGCUGUGUAAUUUUACUUACCAAGAGUACAAUGAAUUUUGUUUUCUUGCAAAGCUUUAAAUAUAAAUUGCAGAGUGCUUCAGUAAAAAGCUACCACACAGUGUUGUUAUUAUGUGUGUAUAAUAUUUUCAAUCAUAAAAAUGAAACUCAAAUGUCUGUAAUAUAAUUACAAAUUGUCAGAUUUCUCAAAAGGACACUGUCAGGGAAAUUUGAAAAUAUACACAUUGAAAAUAAUUUUUUAUUAUAUCCUAUUUUAAUAUUAACAGCUAU